AUGGGUGUUACAGUUCAAGACAUAUGUUUUGCCUUUUUGCAAAACUACUACGAAAGAAUGAGAACUGACCCUUCUAAAUUAGCAUAUUUUUAUGCAAGUACAGCUGAGUUAACGCAUACUAAUUACCAGUCCAAGUCAACAAACGAAAAGGAUGACGUUCUUCCAACGGUAAAAGUUACUGGACGUGAAAACAUUAACAAGUUCUUUUCCAGAAAUGAUGGCAAAGUUAGGAGUUUGAAACUAAAGUUAGACACGAUAGAUUUCCAGUACACUGGACAUUUGCACAAAAGCAUUCUGAUUAUAGCCACGGGUGAAAUGUUUUGGACAGGGACCCCGGUUUACAAGUUUUGUCAAACGUUUAUCCUGCUACCAUCCAGUAAUGGGUCUACAUUUGACAUCACCAAUGAUAUAAUAAGAUUUAUUCCUAAUUCAUCCAAGCCCUAUGUUCCAAUAGAUGGUUCUUUGUCACAACCUAAUGAGGAGAACUCUGUAAGUGCUGUUGAAGAAGACAAAAUAAGGCAUGAAUCCGGAGCUGAAAAAGAAAAGGAGAAGGAAAAAUCACCGGAAAUAACAAAACCAAAGGUUAAAAAGGAAACUGUCAAAGAAACAACUGGGCAAACUGAAUCGCUAAAUCAGGAAAACCCAAUUAUCGAUCAUAACCAACCUCAUGCUAUACCCGUCACCAAAGAUUCCAAGAUCCACAUCGAAACUGUACCAUCUAAUACCAAGGGCAACUACAAACAAGAUGAGUCCUCUACACAAGAGUUAGGGAACGUUGCCAAACUAAAUGAAAAAUCUUUGAAAACUGAAAAGAAGACUGUACCAAUCAAAACGAAAGAAGGUUCUGUUGAGGUCAUAAAUACAGUCGGUAACUCUUCUCUGCCCAACGGUAAAGAAGUUAGUGACGAAGCACCGGUACUGGGAGGCGCAAAGGAAGCUGAAAUUGAAGUUAAGCCAAUAGAGCCCCAUGUUUCAGAUGUUAAAGAACCUAACGGGAAUGCUCCAACACCUUCACCUUCUCCAGAACCCGUUGCGAAUCCGCCUAAGAUGACAUGGGCCUCGAAGUUGAUGAAUGAAAACUCCGACAGGAUUAGCAAAAGUAGUACUACAGUUGAAUACAUCAGAUCUGAAACACUACCCAAGAAACCGACUGAAAGGAAAUUUGAAAUGGGGAAUCGGAGAGACAACGUUAGUGCUAACAACAAAAAUAAGAAAAAACCAGUAUUCAGUACCGUUAACAAGGAUGGAUUUUAUCCAAUCUAUAUUAGAGGAACGAAUGGCUUGAGAGAAGAAAAACUGAGAAGUGCCCUAGAAAAAGAAUUUGGUAAAGUCAUGAGGAUAACGGCGGCAGACAAUUUUGCCGUCGUUGAUUUCGAAACUCAGAAGAGCCAAAUGGAUGCUUUAGAGAAAAAGAAAAAGUUAAUUGACGGUAUUGAAGUAUGCUUAGAAAGGAAAACAGUAAAGAAACCUACUGGCAAUAACCCUCCUGGCAUAUUCACUAAUGGAACACGUUCUCACAGAAAGCAGCCACUCAAAAGAAAGGACUAA